CCACUGAAACCAUCGUUGUCGCAUGUUACAACAAGAAAAUCAACUUCCUGUGUUAAGCAAACAAAACAAAAUAGAUGGAGGAGGUCCACAAGGACUUAUUGCUGGUCCAGCGUGUCAACCUUGUGGAGAACAUGAACAUGCGGGGCGGCCUUCUGUCCCAGCUAAUGGCCAGGAAGGUCAUUGACCCACGCAUGUAUAGAGAGAUCAAGAAUGGCCGCACACUAGACCAGCAAGCAGAGGAGUUGUUGGACAUUCUGCCCCAGUGUGGGUCCAAAGCCUUUAGUCUAUUUUGCCAGGCUCUUAUAGCCGACAAACAGUCUGAGGUCGUGUCCCUGUACCUCACCCCAGAGUCUGAGCUGAGUCCUGAGAAUGCUGGCUCCCAGCAGAAUGAUAAAGGGGCUGCAACCCCUGUACAGGAGACAGUUAAUAGCAAAAGCACUGGCAUGUGUAAUCUAUCUGGGCCAAGCUCAAGUGAAAGUUCCUCAGAUCGCGAGGCUUUGCCAGUAACUGUUCAUGAAGAUUAUACACAGGAAUCAUACCGGAGGAAUUUGGAGCCGGGAGAACUGGUUUAUGUUGACGCUAACCGUAGAGAACAGUUUAGUGGUAGAAGUGGUGUUGAUAGUGAACAUGAGGCUAGGUUUAUUUAUAAAAAUAGUCUUCUUGAUCCGUCUGGUGUGUCAAGGUCCAUUACGACCGUUCUGAUGGGACAAUCUGGGUACCAGUAUGUAAAAGAGCCAUAUGGGCUUAGUGUUAACAGACCCAAGUUAAGUCAAGGCUCGUUUAUAUCGCCAAGUAAAUUACAGCUUUAUAACGAAAAGGAAUGCUUUGAAAGACAGCAUGGUGCAUUUGUAGUGAAAGAUUCCAUACCCAAAAGACCAGAUCUCUGUCAGAUGUCUUCCAAAGAUUAUGAACUCCUUGCUCAGCCACAAUAUGUGUUCAGUAAUGUAAAUAGUGCUUCCCAGAAAUCCAGUUUUCUUAACGCGCACUCAGACUCAAAUAGUGAUAACAUAUCAAUCCAAGCACAAACAGAUCUUUUAUCGACUCAAAUGAAGCCUUUUCUGGUGCGAGAAUUCUUAGAAUCUCCAACAAGGUACAUAGAGACAAAGGAAAAUCUCCACAAUGGCCAGCGGGAAAUGGUAACAUUGCAUCGACAUGUGGAGAGAGUGCUUCCAGUUUCAAGUUGUCUGGAUCUACAACAGGAGGAGUUACCAGAACAAGGGGCCAGCAGGGAAAUGCCCAGGCUGUUGAGGAAUGACAGUGUUGAUACUAUGAAUAAAAGACCACUCCCAGACUGUGGGGAACCUGACAAUAAACGUUUUUGUGAAGAUGUUGACAGUGUGCCUAGAGCUGUAGUAUUAAGUCAAAACAACAGACUUAAAGUCAUUGAUAACCAAGAGCCAAUCAGUAUCAUAUCGGAAACCAAGCGAAUGACAUCUCAACCAAAGGUGUACGUAGAAAGUGACUCAAAACAGGACGGGGCUGCAUUGCUAGGGGUGAUGGAUGACCCAGAAAUUGACCUCACUGAUGGACCGAUUACGGUUCACGUUGAAUUAAGCUCGAGGCAAUUCUAUCUUCAUAACUACAAGAAGGCCUAUCAGAUGGCCAGGAUCCCUCGUGGUAAGGCCCUUGUUCUCAAUGUGAACAGGGUGGUGGGGAAGACUGAUCGUCGAGGGACAGACAUCGACCGGGACAACCUGCACAAUCUCCUGUGUCAGCUGCACUUUGAUGUCACUGUCUACAAUGACGAAGAUGGCCUGACUGCACUGGAGAUAGUCAAGAAGCUACAGGACUUCUCACAGCACGCUGGUCACCGCACGUCAGACUGCACCGUUGUGUGCAUACUCAGUCACGGAGAGGAGGGGUACAUCUUUGGCGCAGAUGGCAAGAAGUUUGAGCUGGACGCAGUCUUCUCGCUGUUUGACAAUACGUGCUGUCCGGACCUUAGAGGCAAACCCAAGAUGUUCAUUGUGCAGGCUUGCAGGGGAGGAGCUCUGGACCGGGGUGUGCAGUACUACCCUGAUGAACAUGACGGCUCUGACCCUCGCGUACGACAGGUGCCCUCCAUGUCUGACAUGCUCAUCUGCUACCCUACACAGGAAGGCUACUACGCGUGGAGGAAUCGAGACCGAGGCAGCUGGUAUGUGGAGGCCCUUGUUCAGGUGUUCAUGAAGUACGCCCACUGUGAGGACGUCUGCACCAUGCUCAACAGGGUGAACCUGCUGGUCUCCAAGAAGGUUUCCCACUGUCCCAACGCUGACAUGGACCAGAUGAGUCAGAUGUCUGAGUACAAGAGCACCCUGCGUAUGCCACACUUCUUCUUCUUUCCUGGCAUCGGAACACGCCCAUAAUCAGCACACAGAGUUAUUGCUCACAGUUACCACCUUAAGUUACUGUUAACCGGGUAAUAAUUAGAAGAACAAUUUAGAUACUUAUAGAAAUUCAUGUAUACAAGCCAUUUGUUCUUAUGCAGAUUUGAGCUGGGAAAAAUCACGUGUUUUUUUUACUAAAAAUCAGAAAUUUGGGAUUAAUGUAUAUAUUUUGAGAUUAUGAAUUUGGCAAAAUUUACCAAGCAAACAAUGGGAAACAAAAUGGUUUCCUGGCAACAGCAUAUUAGUCAUGGGGACUGAUAUAGACACCAAUGAUGUUGCAUUUUAGAAACAGCAUAGUUGCCAACAACAGUUCAAUACACAAACUUAUAUGGCUUUGUAUUUACAUGAUUAUAUUUCCUAAAGAAGAAGUGGAUAUAUAUAUAUUGCUUUGUUAACUCAGUCAGUCAGUUUGAUGAUGACUGCCAUUCGGGCUUUCCAAGCGCAACAGUUUUUAGCUGCACUUCACAGUUUUUACUAAUAUCUCAGCCAAGUUUGAUAAUCAUGAAAUUAGUGUAAGUGAAUAUUAAGUUACAUCCCUUUGGUUAUUGCAAUAGCCUUUGAUAGCAUAGUGCCACAAAUGCGUGUAGGCACGAAAACUGAUGAAUUCAUCAUAACAAUAUUUUGAUUUAUUCAUGCAUAAAGGUAAGCUUUGUGAUAACGUUUGUUUGCUAUUCUUGGCUAUCAUUACAAUCUCUUCAUAUUUCAAAUGGUAGUUGUGCAUUUCCAUGAACCUCAUAACCCUUUCCCCAUCAGAAGCAAAGUGAAUAUGGCUUUUUAAACCAGCAUAAAACCAGAAAAGCCUGCGAGUAUCUCGCAGUCUGUUUAGGUUUUAUGCUGUUUGCUGCUCAUCAUUAUCUUAGGCUUGUAAAUAAGACCUUAAAAACUUGAAUCUAGUAAGAAAAGUCCCAUUAAAUUUAAUUUUCUGAUGGACUACAAAUGCGUCAACAUGCGUAUCUAAGUGGUAAAGGGAUAAGUAUAUAAUAUUUAAAUUUGUCUUGGGUAACUAAAUUAUAAGAAAAAUCAAGAAAUAAAAGAAAAGAAAUAACUGUUGAGAAUGAAAAGCUAGGCAUGGAUGGAAAUUAGAAAUGGCUCACUAGCCAUUAGAAUUGAGGAGGACCACAAUGUUCUUUUUACAAAACUCACAUGCUUGCUGUAAAAAAAGAUUUAAAAGAACAAGGGUUGGUAACCAUUGCCAAAUUAUUGCCUUCUUUCCUAUUUUUCAAAGAACAAGGGUGGGAAAUCAUUGUCAUAUUGUUAGUUUCGUUCUCAUUUUUUUAAAGAACAAAGUUGUGUAACAAUGGCCAAAUUGUUUGUUUAUUUCCAGUUUGGAAAGAACAAGGUUGGGAAACUGGCUAAGUUGUUUGUUUAUUUCCUGUUUGGAAAGAAAAAGGUUGGGAAACUGGCUAAAUUGUAAGUUACUUUCCUGUUUAGAAAAAAAGAGGUUAGAAAACCAUGGAAAAAUGGUUAGUUUCUUUCUGGUUUCGAAAGAACGAGGUUGAGAAACCGAGGCAAAAUUUUUAGUAUCUUUCCGGUUAGGAAAGAACAAAGUUGGGAAACCAUGUCAAUUUGUUAGUUACUUUUCCUGACAGAGCUUUUGUUAUGUUGCUAAUGAUGUGCUACAUAUGCAAUGUCUGUGUCUUCCAUAUAGAGUUAGAUAAGAAAUGUGUACUACAGUGUUCGUGAUUUAAGUGACUUUACUGACAAUUUAAAAUGACCAUGUAUUGUGUUCAAUGUUACAUGUGCUAGUUGAAGCAUAUUAUUUAUUUACCUUGUUUUUAGUGUGGCCCGGUCAUAUUGUUAUUGGAUGAUGAAGAUUGUUUUUGUUAGCUUCUUUUGAAUAUUGUUUUUAUAUUUAUCAAAAUAUUACAUGAACACACUUGUAAUUACACAUAUUCUUUGUACUAUUUAUACACAAAUAUCUUUAAAAUUAAUCAAAAAUUUAAUUCAUAUGUUUGAAUCUGUUAUAUGUUAAUUAUUGAUAUCUCCACUUUGUUUAUGUAUGAAAAAUUGAAAGAAAAGUGUAUUUGGCAAAAAGAUGCACAUUUGUUAAACACAUUUUUCUUUCUGCAAUGUUGUUUCAGAUGGUUUGUAGAGCGAGGUUGGGUAGUUAGGACAUCUUAACAAUUUUUAUAUGAUAGUUAGGUUUUAUACUUCCACUUUUCAGUGUGUACUUUAAUGUUAUGUUCAUUGUUUUAUUCACUAUCAGAUAAGUCUUUUUAUGACGAUCACUAUAAUUUUAUUUCAUCGAAACAAUUAAAAAAAUAAAGUGUUUAUAAGUGGCGGUUUCUGAACAUGCACUGCUGAACAUGAUCAAUGGCUUGUUCCAGAAAUUUGAUAUUUGUACAAGAAAUAUCAUGGUUACAGUAAAAAAACAAUCUUGAUUCUUAAAAUAAUUAAUUACAUUUUAAUUGUAAUAAUUGCUAAUUCAUUUUGUAUUUCUUCUUAAUUUUAGAUUAGCAAUAAAGGUAUUCAUGUUUCGGUCUGAACUUGGUCACGUUAGGGGAGAAAUGGUGUGGCGGCUCGGUAAGCUCAGUCGGGAGAGCACUCGCCCUGUAAGGGAGGUGUCCCUGGUGCGAGUCCCGGACUGGCUGCACAAUUUAUCACCCUGUGACAUUUGGCACCCAAUGGGGGACCGUUACGUUACCUGGUCCUAUGAAGGCCCAUAAUUAAUAAUAUAUCACCCAGAAUCCCUGUAUUGGAGGACGAAUACAUAUUCAAGUGGGGGUGUAUAUCACGGCCUGAACUUGAUAUAACAAAAAAUAAAAGUAUGCUUGAUGACAUGAAACCAUGGACAUUUUUAAAUAACUUGGCAGAAUUGUAUCAACUUCAUAAAAAAUAAUAAAAUCACUAUUUUGUUAAUUUCUUUGAGACAUUUUUAUGAUGAUUGAAAAAUAAAAUUUUAAUGAUUUAAAAAAAAAGAAAUUGUUAUGUAAUUUAAAAAAUGUAAUUAUAUAAUCAUGAGGUAAUGAUCAUGAUACCUACUUGUGUGAAUGCAUGUGUUUAAUUUGCUAGGACAUAUACAAAAAUGCUUAGUAAUACACUCAGCCUCGCUCUACAAUAAGUUUCAUUAUAGAAAUGAGCCAUAUUAUUGAGAGCAAAUUGUAAAUAUCGAAGUUAAUAAAAAUUAAUUCCCUAAGUUGUAAAUAUUUAAUUUUGAAUAAAAAUUGAUUCUCCAAGUUGUAAAUAUUAAAAUUUAAUAAACAUUCAUUCCAACUGUACAACAAGUAUAUGGUAAAAAAUAAUCACGUAUAUACCAUGAUACAUUUUUCACUUCAUUUUCAGUUUUUUAAUAUUUAAGGCAGAUUCAUUGUUAACCAGUGUAACAUUUUAUUCACUCCUUGCAUAACUUACCAUUCAAUGUUAUCAUAUGUAAUUCUCCAUAAGUCGAUUUGUUUGUAGUUUACAUCGAGAGAUACUUUUAGAUAUCCGUCCCUUGCUGUUUGUGUUCAUGUCUUUUGUUUUUAUACUUUAAGAAAAAACAACAACAUAAUGUGUAUUAUUUUUUUAUGCAUAUUACACUUGUCAUACAUGCCAUAAUUUUUCAGACCAAUUCCGGGACAUUGAGUUUUAUUGUCCGGGACUUUUGCCGAUUUUCCGGGACAUGUAUAAAAUGUAGCGAUAUUUAUAGACAUAUGCAUUUUUAAUGUAGCGAUAUUUAUAGACAUAUGCAUUUUUGGUACGUGUUUUUUUGUUUCGCAUCGUUAAUUGCAACAGUUCGAAAGCCUAUCCGAAAUACACUUGAUCUAUUAACGUCAAAUUAAACAUAACUACUUCCGUUACUAGAUACAAGCCACGUGUUUUCAGUGUAAGCGUUCUAAACAUAGAUGGUGACGUCACUGCGUUAUUGUUAUUAAGACCGGUGUGUAACGCGUAGUUGUUGAUACGCUUUUAUUCAUUUAUAACAUUUAUAUUAUAAAAAAUACAACAAUACAGUACCGUUAGAUCGUCAACUCAAAUCAAUUCACAAUACAACUUCUUUGUCGGUUAAACGUGCGAACAUAAACUGCUUUUAAUUUUUUACUCCGCGAUGUUGGACUUCAGAUGUGUGAACAACUAUCCUUUGCCCUUACGCAGCGGGAAAUAAUGACGUAGUAGAUUAAAGUCAAUUAACAACCACAUUAAACAAUGCCGCCUUUUCGGUUUGACCGCGAACGUGAGACAAUCGAUAUGAUAACAGGACCCCUGUUAAUUGAUCGAUUUUGACACGUAGCGUAGUCUGCCUAUUCGGGUAGACAUUGUCAUGGAGACUCUGCAGAUAUACACAGAUUCGAGGUGCAGUUAAGCCUAAGAUAAGGUACAUGUAUAUAUGGAUUUUGUAAAUUCCGGGACAUUUGACAGAUUUCCGGGACAGCGGGAC